AUGGAGGCAAAACUUUUGGAAACUUAUCUCAUCCCAGAACUAUCUGUACGUGUAGACAGAUGGCCAUUAAACACUUGUAUGGAGCUAAAAAUGCGCAUGACUCCACUAAGUAUUCGUGUAUACCUGUGGUAUCGCUUUAGACUUUGUUUUGAAAUGAGUUACAAAAAAUGGUUUUCAAUAAAAAUUGGCAUUAAUUGGUGCGCAAAGAAUACAUUUGCGGAAUGGACGUGGUCAUUGCGUUCUAUACAUGUGACUUUAUUUACGAAUUGUAAGGCAGAUACCGACAACACACCCCCUGGCGUAGGCGUAUGUAAUGCAAAGCAAGUCGAAAAUAAAAAGUACUUUAUUCAGUGGCAAGGUUUUACCGAAGAUACGAACAUAGCGACUUACGUUGUCACCAUCGGCUCAAUUGCUGGUUCUGGUGAUGACCAUUAUUCUAUACACGGGAAACGUCAGAGUCUUAUAGUUCCAAAUCUUGAAAUUAUGCAUCGCAGAUCUGUUUAUGUUGGUGUGUACGCAAUUAAUGGCGUUGGUCUCAAAAGUGAUGUUGCUUACUGCCCUAUAUUUACUGCUAAUCGCGCAUCACCCGUUAUAACUUUUACCAACGACGGAGAUUCUUCAACCGACAUCGACUAUCAAAUGGAUGCUACGAGUCUCGCUGUGAAAUAUGGAAUCGCUGGGGCAUUUGCGGAGUUAUCAAAUAUUAGAUGGGGAAUCUCUUCGUCAGCAAUGUGUACAUUGUCUGAAAGUGAGGCUGAUGUACUUCCUUUACAAUCUAUUGGUGAGAGUUACACUAUUAAGAAAACUGGGUUGAACCUCACCAGUGGCUCGAAGUAUUAUGCCCGAAUAGUUGCCGUCAGUCAGUUAGGGCUAGCUACAGUGGCUUGCAGUAAUGGUGUAACUAUUGACACUACUUCACCAGUACCACGUAACUUCACAGUCGGCAAAGGCGGCACAAAAUUUAUACCUUCUGUUCGACGAGUAUCUGGAAAAUUUCAACAAUUUACAGACAACGAAAGUCCUAUAGUUCACUACCAGUGGAAACUAAUUGACGAACACACUGGAAAGGAUGUAACAUCAUUCAGAACAAUACCAUUGACACAAACGUCUCCAUUACUUGACGGCUUGAGUUUAACAUCGGGAAGAAAAUAUACCGCCGUACUCAAAGGCACAAAUGCCGCUGGUCUUUACGCAAUUGUUAACGUAUCGGGCAUUAUUCCUGAUGAUACGAUUCCAGUGUGCGACAGUUUACCACGUGACGUUAUUGGUUUCAACGACGUGGUUGACAGAGAUUUUGUUUCCCAUCUUAGUAAUCUCACAGCGAUGUUUAGUUGCUAUGAUGCCGACAGCGGUAUCAAGUCGAUUCAAGCGGGUGUAGGAACUUACCCAGGAGGAGAAAAUGUCCACUCAUUCGUUGAUAUAACAGAUUUGUCACUAAAAGUGUCAGAAGAUCUCAGAAGCAUGUGGGUCACAUUUGUUAAUGUUAACAUAACAAAACUGAGUCGGUAUCACGUCACAAUCAAAGUUCAAAAUAUGGCGGGUUACAGAAAAACUAUUUCCUCCGAUGGGAUAUUAAUGGAUACAACAGCACCCACAGUUAUAUCAACGUAUAUAAGAGAUGGACUUCAGGGGAUAGACAGAAAAUACAGCAAAGAGUUCAACCUAUUUCCAGCGCAUUGGGAAAACGCGUUUUCCGACUCAGAAAGUGGAAUUGGGGAGUAUUUCGCGGGACUGGGAUCGCGCCCGGGUUCAGGUGACCAAUCCACGUUCAGAACUAACAAUUUGAGUACGAAAGCGUUAAUUCGGAGUGUUAAUCUUAAAAGUGGAAUGAUGUAUUAUGUUACAGUGAUUGCUUGUAACAGAGUAGGGAUGUGUGUGAAUGGCAGUAGUAAUGGAGCAAUAGUCGAUUUUAUUCCACCACAUACUGGUGUAGUCAUAGCAGGUCAGAAGGGGCCACCACUGGAAAUAACAUGGAUUAACAAAGCAGCCUGGGCCCGAUGGCAGUGGUGUUCAACAGACAGAAGUGAUCUUAAUACAUCGCCAGACACUUGCAACGUGUUAAGUUUUUAUGAUCAACAUUCAGGGAUAAGAAGAUUUGGCUUAACCGUACUUUCUUAUGAGACAUCUAAAUUUUUGACACAGAUAAAGACCGUUGGUCGUGUUGUUUCCGGUGGGAUUCAUGUGGUGAUGCCAAACGGCGUAUUUUCUGUAGUUGUCGAGGCAGAAGAUCGUGCUGGUAGUCGCUCUAAUGCCAUUUCUAAAUCGUUCAUCAUUGACACCACCCCUCCAAAGAUUGUAAAACUCUACCAUGGCAAGGAAAAUGAACAAAUUAUGUAUACACGCACGAAAGACUAUCUAUUCUCGGCGUUUUUUGAAAUUACCGAAGACAUUUCGGACAUUGUUUCCUACAGUGUCGGCGUGUCUACGUUUCUCGAAGGAGAUGACAUUAUAUCCUUCACAAGGUAUGAAACCAAUGUCUCGGCCAACAUUCGCGUAAAUUGGACAUCAGCAAAUGUAAAAACUUUAAAACAUGGACGGAUAUAUUACAUAACUGUGAAAAGCACAAAUGCUGCAGGAUUAUUUCUGAUUGUUUCGUCGCCACCUUUAGUUUUCGACAAUGAACCUCCGUUAGUAUCUCACGUUUUCGACGGUUGGGGGAUUCUUGAUUCUCAAUAUCACCCAUAUUCAAAUAUUUACCGCAUGCAUUGGCAAGCAGUUACCGAUAUUUCUGAAAUCGAGAGAGUUGAAGUGUGCUUAAGUUCUAUUCUGGAUGGAAAUGAGUGUAAUCUACAUUCCAAGGUGGUAAUUUCUGCAAACGCAAUGUCUUACACGUUCACAAAUAUAUCUCUUGAAUCAGGUGUAUAUUGUUAUGCUUACCUUGGAAUAAAGGACAAAGCUGGUAACCAUGGUAACUUCUGGAGCAAUGGAGCAUUAGUUGACACCACUCCACCGAAAAAAGGCCGAGUAACAGAUGGACACGGAGGAACGGAUAUAGUUUACCAGCGUUACACAAAUAUUCUUUAUGCAAGUUGGUCGGGAUUUUGGGAGAAUGAAACUAUUAUUCACCACUACGAGUUGGCAUUCGGCACCAGUCCAAAUGUUUCCAAUAUUCAACCAUUCACAGACGUCGGCGUAGUGACCUCAACAUCCAGCUCCAAUAUUGUAGUUUCAGAACUAAAGAAUGGCGUAGUAUACUAUGCACAAGUUGUCGCCUACAAUAUAUUAGGAAUUAGAAGCGAUAUCGCACAAUCGGACGGAGUUUUGGUUGAUAUUACACCUCCUGAAUUUGUAUUGCCAGUCUCUGACGGAACAGUACUUCAAUUUGACUUUGCGUAUUCGAGUAAUUUAACGUUGUUGUCAGCAAACUGGAAAUGUGAAGACUCAGAAAGUGGGAUAAGGCAAGUCUUUGUUGGGAUUGGCACACAACCUGGUAUUCAAGAUAUUGCAACGUAUCGCGCCGUAUUACCGUACCAAAACUCUCGCACAUUUGAUACCUUGAACCUGACAAACGGUCUCAGGUAUUUUUCAUCAGUGAAAUGCAUAAACAACGUGGGUUUACAAAACUCAUUGUCUAGUGAUGGUAUUAUUAUUGAUUCUACCCCACCAGUGUUGAAAUACGUAUACAUCGGCAGUAAGCGGUAUCAAGAUUUGCCUUAUAUUGGACUGCGUUCUUUCGUAACCGCGAACUGGAAGUUCAAAGACUUUGAAAGUAAUGUUAUUAGAUACAUGGUUUGUAUCCAACACAUGCAAAAUAACUCACAGAUUGUCGGUCCGUGGGAAUUUUCUGGGAAUCAAACUUAUAAAAAUGUCUAUUUAACAAAUAAUGACUUAAGACAUAAAGAACGUUACGUCCUUUCAGUCAUAGCUUUCAAUGGCGCAGGACUUAGUACUACUAGUGUUAGCAACAGUUUCCUUGUAGACGGAACUGCACCCAUUUGCACAAAUAUAUAUGACGCUACUCUGGAUGGGGCUAGAGCUAACUUUACCAGCUUUACUUUAAAGUUAGCUGUUCAUGCUAACUGCAAUGAUGUUGAAACUGGAAUUUCUAAAUACGAGUUUGCCAUAAGAAAACUUAACACAUCUGAAUAUGUUGUUCCUUUCCAUAGUCUGAAAACAAAUUCAGAUGUACCACCUCUCGCUGUCGUUGGCGGGUUUGGGAAAAACCUUGUUAAACUUGAGCAUGAUGGUCACUAUCAAGUUGGUCUUCGGGUCACCAACAACGUAAAACUUGCCAGCGAGUACUGGACAUGUGGUGUUUCAAUUGAUACAACUGCUCCAAUAUUUAGUAGUGUUAUGUCAUUAUACAACGUUACCAGUGAUGCAUUCCAAGUUACCUGGGAGGUGUUCGAUAAUGAAUGUGGUAUAAAGACCCAGUAUUGGUCUUUCAACACAUCUCCGAAUGCUGAAAAUAUUAAAAAUUUCACUGAAAUUUCAAAACAUGCUACUGAACUCCUAAUUUCUGACAUAUAUUUCAAGCUUGGUGAGACAUACUUUAUUUAUCUUAAAGCUAUUAACAAUGCUGGAUUGUCAACAUUGUUUGUGUCACACGGUGUGGUCGUUGAUCGAACUUCACCUUCACCAGGGCGUGUGUCAGCAGAUUUUGUGCUACCAGAACAUUACGAUGGGAAUCCAAACAUGACCGAUGGUGCUUCAUUUUCAGUGAAAUGGUACGGCUUUAUCGAUCAAGAAAGUGGUAUAAGAUCGUAUAAAUGGGCUAUAGGACUAUCUCAAGAAGAAACAAUUGUGCUUAGUGAUGAUUUCUUCACCGAUAUCCAGUUCUCAGGAUCUAAGAACAGCUACAUUAUCAAAGAUUGGACCAUAUAUACAGAUACAACUUACUACGUAUGUAUAAGGGUUACGAAUGGAGUUGGACAGUCCAGUACAAGUUGCUCAGAUGAAGUACAAGUGAAGUUAGGAAAGCUAACGCCUGGCGUUGUAUACGACGGGCCUAUUGACGAAGAUAUUGAUUUCCAACUUGAUGAUAAAGCAUUAUGGCUUUAUUGGGCUGGAUUUAAAGACCCAGUGUACGGAAUAAGAAACUAUGCCUGGUGUUACGGAGAAUAUACGAGCACGGAGAAUGACACAUUUAAUUGCCUAAAUUCGCUGUCAUCUGUUCAUCCACCACUUGAAGUUUCAGCCCACACAUUUUAUAACAUUUCUUUACUACAUGGAAAGCGUUAUAAUGCCAAAGUUCAAGCAGUAAACAAAAGAGACGAAAUAGUAUCAACAAUCUCAGAUGGUUUUACAGUUGACCGUACAGCACCUAUUGCGGGAAUAUUAGAAAUCGGAGGUUCGCAUGGUACAAGGACAGUUUAUCUUACUGAAAUUAUGGCUCCCAUGGUAUCAUGGUCUAUGUACGAAAGUGAAAGUGUGCUGCAGGCAUUUCACUUUGGUAUAGGCACCUUUCCAAAUUGUAAUGAUUUAUUUCCCUUCAGCAAUCUUAAUGGAAGUACGUAUUCAUUGAGUCUGGAUGAAAUAGAUUUUAACUUAACGCACGGGCUCGCUUUCUACAUCACUGUACUCGGAGUGAAUGUUUUAGGGCUUGAGACGCGAAUAAUUUCUCCCCAAAUAAUUGUUGAUUGGCAGCCACCCAUGCCUAGCGCCGUGCAUGAUGGCAAUGGAACAGAUGAUAUUGAUUUUCAACAGGAUGUAAAACACAUAAGGGCAAGCUGGAACGAAUUUUACGAUGCAGAGAGUGACAUUGUGGAGUAUUUAUACUGUGUCGGGAAUAGACCAGGUAAACGUUGAUAAAAUUGUUUUGUAACAUAACUAAAAUGUAACAUGCACGCGUCGGUUUUAUCAGAGACUAAAUUGUUCACUAUGUGCAUAGGCUUUAUGAAACACCAAAGUGAAAUUAAUGUCAAAUGUGAAGUUAAAGAGAAAUGGCAAAAUAAAUUUUUAUUUUCUAAUUUGAAAGAACUUUUGAAACUAUAUAUUAACUUCUUUUACCGAUUUUUCAUAUGUAUUUUCCUCAGUUCUUGAAAUAUUUUCACUUGAAGUAAUGAAAUGUCCGCCAAUUUGAAUAAAUAUUUGAUCUUAUUAACGGCCGUCUUAGUGACGUCACAACAGGGAUUAACCAUAUGAAAGUAUUCGUUGCUGACCAAAUAUUGAAUGGUAUAGGUGUUUUAACGGUUUUGAGUGAUCUUGAUAUUUCAAAGGGCAGACAGAGUAUAGUUUUGAGUGCAAAAUGAUUAGUGGUUGUCUAGAUAAAAAUAUUGCGUGACGCCUGUUGUGACGUGCAUGCAUAUCUACAAAAAUUGAAGAUGGCGGUCAAAAUAUUUGUAAAAGUAAGCAAGAUAUGAAAAAAAACGGUAAAAGAGUAUUGUUAAGUUCUUUGAAAUAACAAAAUAUAUUGCCAUUUCUCUUUAAAAUACUUUGCAGUUCUAUUGUGCUUUGACCUGCAUUUAUGCUUAUAGCUCUUAAAUAAUUAAAUUAAAAAUAUAUUACCUAUUUGGAAUUUUGGUAUUAAAUACACAAAAAUUUUCAUGUAUCCAGACAGCGAAUUUACAUAAUGUACUUUCUUUAUAGAUUUUUGCAAUGUUUUAAACCGAACAUCAGUCGGUUUGGACUUACGCGCGGAAACAGAAGUAGCACUUGAAUAUGGCCAAACUUAUUUUGUAACCGUAACCGCCAUUAAUAGCGCUGGGUUGUCAACCACUUCUUCAUCCAAUGGAGUAACAAUAGACAUAUCUCCACCCACUGUCCAUGGGUUCUCGAUAAUGUCUACGGUCAUGAUUGAUCGAGAUAUCACUAAUAGAAACAUCACUUCUGAUGUCACUGCCAUUUUAACAAACAAUUGCAAGAUAUCUGCAACAUGGGAUUACAUCAUUGACAAAGAAAGCGAAAUCAAACGCGUAUUGGUGUGUGCAACCACGAUUAGGGAGGAUUGCAAUAUACUUACGUGGCGCGAUCUUAACCCCGACUCGUCAGUUUUCAGUCUUGAUUUUCAGAAGCCAUUGCAAUCUGGAACCGUUCUUAUGCUAAAACUUCAAGUUGAAAAUGGCGCUGGUUUGAUGACAAUCGUGAAUUCAAGUACGGUUCUUAUAGACAACAGCCCUCCUGUUAAAGGUUUUGUCAAAAUUAACAACAGAGAUGGUUUGAUUUUGUUGCAGGAAGGCCAGCCGCUGCUUGCUCUAUGGUCGGGCUUUAAUGACUUUGAAACUGGCAUUAAGGCGUAUAGGUGGAAAAUUUGUUUCGCAAGUAAAAUUUCUGACUGUAUCACUGAGUUUGUAAACGUUGGUUUAAAAAAUAGCGUUUCUUUAAGUGACAUAGGGUUCAUCCAUGGUAAAGAAUACAGGAUUGUGGUUAAAGCAAUAAACUUUGCUGGACUAGAGACUCAUUCUGUUUCAAAUUCGUAUAUUAUUGACAAAACGUUUCCAGAGACAGGCAUAGUAUUCAAUGGACGUGAUCCAACUGAAGACAAAUAUUAUCAAAGUUCGCACACAGAAAUUUCUGUCAACUGGAAAGGUUUUCGGGACAAAGAAAGCGGAAUUUCUCGCUAUGAAAUCUGCAUUGGUUCAAUUCCAGGUCUCUGCGAUAUCUAUGUAUUCAGAAACGUUGGUUUGGCUUCCAGUACGACUGUGAGAAACUUAAAUCUUACUCACAAUGUAACCUACUAUACUACGGUGCGCGUUACCAACGGAGCUGGCCAGACAGGUUUUGCUUCGUCAAAUGGAAUAAUUGUAGAUCUUACACCACCAAUUGGUUCUGAUCAUCGAGACGGCAAGGAUUUGGAUAUAGAUAUCUCGGCAGAAGACACGUUUAUUCAAACCAACUGGGAUGAAUUUCACGACCCAGAAUCUGGAAUUUCAAACUAUAUCGUUUGCGCUGGAACUAUCAUUGGCUCAUGUGAUCUAGUGUCUCCAACCACGGUUAGUAAUGGCCUUGCAGCAAAACUAACUGUCUGGCCAGCAAUAAGUUCAGGAACAGUUGUGUACUCAACAUUGUGGGCAUUUAACAAAGCUGGUCGAGCGACAGAGAUAUAUUCAGAUGGAGUGCUGGUGGAUACUACGCCACCUGAUGCAGGCAAGGUCAGUAUUAACCAGUGGUGUCAAGUAACGAAGUAAAUGCGCUUCGUUACUUACUUGAGUACUAUUUUUGAGAAGUGAGCAUCUAACAAAGUAAACUUUUUCUGGAGUACUUUUACUUGGAACGAAGUCGUUUUAAGAAGUAACGUUUAACUUCGUUAUUUUCAUUUUGUGGCGACGUAUUUCGUUACUUUCUAACUUUUGUUUUUAUUUUAUGUGAUUUAUUCCUGAUUUAUUUUAAUUUUGGGAUAGGUAAUAGCCUUUACAUGCGUCUGGGAUCUCUCGUUUGCGACUUACUUAUGAGCAUUAUUUAUUUAAUGGAUUUCUUAUAUCUCCAACAGUGUCUGCAAAGUCACCAUGCCGUGAAAUAUUAUAUAUUAGGUGCACGCAUAUAAUGCGUGUGCUGUUUUGUGUCUCUUGUAUGUCAAUCCAUCGGAGAAGUCCCCCCCCCCCCCAUACAUGCUACAGACAAUAGUACUUUUACUUAUUACUUCAAGUAUUUUUAAGGAUAAUUUGUACUUUUUACUUUUAAAAGUACGUUUUGCCUCCAGUACAUUUAUUCUUACUCAAGUCGUUUUAUCGUUAAUUACUUUUACUCAAGUACAAAUUCAAAGUAAUUUAGGCACCACUGGUAUUAAUUAAGUAUAGAUAAUUUGCACAUGACGCUACAGACGUCAUGUUGAUGUUUUAAUUCAAAAGCUGCCAAUAUAAAACGGUCCCACUUCAAGAACCAUUUAAUUGUUUCGUUCGAUCAUUAAUUUAAGAUUAUUUUAAGAUAUUUAAAAUAAUGCCUCGCCAAACAAACAUUAAGGGUUUGAAACAAUACGCAAACAAUGUUUGAAAAACGAUGGAUCAACGCAGUGACCUGAUCCUGGUCCUAGUAGUACGAUCGCAGUUGUCAACAUGAUUGUAAAUUCACAUUUUGCAAAUACGCGGCAAUUUUAUUCAAAAUAGUAAAAAAUAAACAAUCUCUUAUAAUACAGCAUGUUGUCUUGCAGUCAAUUUCAAAUAACUUUGGCCAGAAACUAUGAACGCAAGUUUGUUUGGAAGUUUUUAACAAAAUUCACAAACCGUAGAUGUUUGUAAACUAAGCAUUUGAUUGCAUUUUUAAAAUUCGAGGACCAGUCACAGGUUUUGUUUAAAACUGGCUUGUGAAUUUCACAGUCAACUGUUGAAACUUGCAACGAAUUAAGAUAUCGAAUAUGACCUACCCGGGGUUCACCCGAAGACGACAUGUAAUUUACCUUAAGGUGGCUGUUUAAACCUCGGUUAAACUUCGAUCAAAGAAAUGGAAAAGGUAUACUGAAAUUUAUCGAAAUAUAUUCUUAGGUUGAAAUUAUUUCACCAAGCGCAACAGGUAGCAACGCAAUAUACCUUACCAGCAAAGAAUCUCUGUGCGCAUUAUGGAAUACUUUCAAUGACAAUGAAACUGCUAUGGUGAGCUAUUUCUUCUCCUUGUGCUCGAAGAUGAACAAGAACAACUGUCCUAUUCUUAGACGAAAUCUGAACAAUAAAACAUCAGUAUGUAUUGAAGAACCGCCUCUUACGGAAGGAGAGACUUAUAUUCUUAUGGCUGACGGCACCAACGAAGUUGGACUCAGUUUUACUGCCAAAUCCACUCAGUUCAUUAUCGAUACAACGGAGCCAGAUGUUGGUGAAGUUAUUGCAUCUAAUCCAUUGGGAAAAGAAUAUAGUUUCAUCUCGUCGAGCAUAGUAGCACGAUGGAAAGGUUUUUUCGACAAGGAAAGCGGCAUAUCAGAAUAUCUUAUUUGCAUUGGAAAAGAACCUGGUUUAUGUGACAUAAAAGAGUCGGUUUCAGUCGGCAAAGCCUCAGAGUAUACUUGGUACAAUUUGCGUUUGGUCGAUACUGAGGAGUAUUUUGUUUCCAUAACAAGUGUAAACAAUGCUGAACUUUUUACCGAUUAUAUAGCCUCGGAUCCACUCACAGUGGACACAACAGGUAUAUACUCUUCUGUUAGCGUUAGGUAAUUAUCAGGUGGUCGCUAGGUGAUUAUCUGGUCGAGUAUCGACCGUGAUAAGAUUAUUAAUAGCAACGGAACUCAUAAAAUUCGAGAAUAUUUUCUAAGGAAUGAAUCACAAGCAAUGACCACUUUUGCAUUGUUGAUUAUGUUAUUCUGAGAGCAUACACGCUGGGUUGGCUGGAAAAUUGUUUGAUGUUCUUGUGGAAUCGAACUGGCCACCUUUGGUCAGCUUGCUCGAUCUGGAGGCCUCAACAGCACAAUCACUAGCUUUAUUGACUAGUUUAGCUUAAGCUGGUAAAUCACAAAAUAUUUUCAUUUUUGGUUGGAAUUUAUCCUGUUGUAUUAAUGUAACACAAAAAGUUAAUGUUAAAAAUUAAUGUUUCAAAAACGAAAGGCAAAUUAAUAUUUUAAUAGCACGUUUUGGUUUCUUACAGCCCCACUUCCGGCUGAAAUUUUCGACGGUUCUAAGAAUGGUGAAGAUAUUGACUAUCAACAAAAUCGUGACCAGCUAUCGGCUUCGUGGUUCAAAGUUGAAGACCCAGAAAGUGAUAUCGUAACGCUCAGCUGGUGUAUCGGAUCAGUGCCAGGAUCAUGUGAUCGAUUACGAAGCGCACAAAUCGAUGUGACUUCUACCAACAUUUCUGCAUUCCUCGCGUCACCAGCCAAAAACGGGAAUAAAUACUACGUCACAGUGACUGCGGUGAAUGGCGCUGGUUUAAGCACUAUAAUGGUAUCAGAUGGAGUGACAAUUGAUUACACAUCCCCUACAGCAGGAAUGGUAGAUGUUGGUCAAAAUAACAAAACGGAUUACAUUAGGAAUGGCGAUACGUUCUAUGCUUAUUGUUCAAGAUUUGAAGAUUUAGUGAGCGGUAUCAGGUUAUACCAGUUUGCAUUAUGCGAGAAACAGUAUAUAUCAACAUGUCCACUGGAGUUUACAGAUAUUGGUCUUGAAACUAAUAUCACUUUGUCAGGUUUGUGGAUCUUAAUAUUUAGUAGAAUAUUGCAGACCCUCACAAAACAGCAAUAUCUUGGGCUUUUGUUCUAUAAUUGGCUUAAAGUUUUCAAAUAAAUUAUGAAGUUCAUCUGCUUGAAAACAUUUCUAACAGCGCUAUCUUUAAGUGUUGGGAAUAACUCCCGUAACAAAAGUUAAAUUAGACAUAUAAGCAAGACGUUUACUGACUUUCGUGUUAUCAGCUUUUAGCAUUUUUGCACUAAUUUCAUCAUACUCUAUAGGUUGUUGUUAUUACUCGCUGGGGCACCCUGUGCCCCAGACGAGUAUAGGUUUCGGCAGCAUUCUUGGAUCGGCAAUCUCUAAUCGUCGAUAGCCACAAAAUAGAAUAUUAAUGAGCUGCCUAAUCCCCCCCCCCCCCCCCCCAAUUAUCCAUAAGGCUCCUGCCAAUUUUACCCGAAUUAUCCAUAAAUAACCCUGCUUUUUGAGGAAAAUUCGGGAAAAUUAGACAAUUUUACAAGGAAUUUCGCACGGAAACAGCAACCUUCGCAAAUGGCACGUUUGUACGUUUGACUGCGCUGCUUUAUAUUUUGAGAAGAGAGCGACACCGUUCGAUUCAGCGUAAGAAAUUGUACUUACGGAUGUCAAGUGUAUCACUAAACACCAGUAUUCUAGCGAUUUAUGGCCUUUGAAAAUCAAGCGAAAUUGUAUUGUUGACAAAUCGCUCGCAGUACGUCCUAUUGUUGACAAAUCACUCGCGCUACGUUUGUCCUUGUAUUUGUAAUGCCUUUAUGGCGCAAUAAGGAUAAAAAUAUCACCGUUCGAUUCAGCGUAAGAAAUUGUAUGUCAAAUGUAUUACUAAACAGCAGUAUUCUAGCGAUUUCUGGCCUUUGAAAAUCAACCGAAAUCGGUCAAAUUGUAUUGUUGAUAAAUCGCUCGCAGUAGAUAUUGUUGACAAAUCACUCGCAGCACGUUUCAUAGUGUUUUGUAAUGCCUAAUGGCGCUAUAAGGAUAAAAAUGCGACUGUUCGAUUCAGCGUUAGAAAUUGUACUAAUUACGGAUGUCAAAUGUAUUACUAAACAACAGUAUUCUAGCAAUUUUUAUGGCAUUUGUCUUUGAAAAUCAAGCGAAAUUGAAUUGUUGACAAAUCGCUCAAAAUUAUUAAACUAAUCAUAAAAAAAUGCAGUACGUUUGAUCCUUAAUAACUUUGGUAUCAUUGGUUUUCUCUUUUUCGGCCGUAUACCAGUGGAUUCGUCUCACUUCUCUCUUCAUUUUGAUAGUAUUUUGAGCCCAAAAGCCCAAAAGUAUUUUAUUUUGAACGUUUUAAAGCGCAGUUUAAUCCUAGCGUACGGACCAACUGGCGGCUGACAGUCUUGAAGAAGGAUGUAGCGUUCUAAAUAUAACUUUUCUCGGGUAGCCAGUAGGGUAGGGCCUACCGCAUUUUAGUACUGUGUUAAGCCUUCGCGCUCGUUUUCGACUUUUCCGCUUAGCUGGGGGAAAACCUUAAAUCUUAAUUGAAAUAGCUGUGUAGUGUAUGUAUCAUGUGUGAUCCUGUACAGUAAUGUGCGUAUUUAUAUAGCCCCAGCGAGUUACUGCUCCGUAGAGCGUCUUGUUUCUUAAGUUGUCUCAUUCUCGUACCCAGAGCCCUUCUUAAGCGCGGUGCGACAAGGUGCUCUGGCCAAAUCCAUAACCGGAUACAAUAAAAACAUGGUAAGAAAACAAUGUCCGGUGUUAGAACUAGCUAAUCAGAUGCCAGUUCGGAAUAUGGAUUUGGCCAGAGCCCCUCGUCGCACCGCGCGUAAGAGGGGCUCUGGGUACGAGAAUGAAGUUGUCUGACUAUUUCCAUUUUUAUUUCAUAUUCAGUAAUAGGUUUACAUAAUUUUCAAAUGAAGGUUCAGAAUUAUAGGAAUUUUCUUAGCUAACUGCCGUCCUACAUUAUAAUUAACAAAAUAUUCAUUAAUUUUGUUUUCAUUAGGAUAUUCACAUAUUACUACAAAUACAUGCAUGCCGAAACCCCUCGCCCCCUAGAAAAACCACUAUAUUUUCCAAACAUAAAGUAUUUGAAGUGGCUGCCAUAGUAACACGAUAAUUUUAUUCUUUAUAUUUUUAAAACUUGCUUUAGAUUUUUACAAAUAAACUGUUUGGCUGCUUGUCCCACUGUUAACAAGUUUUCGGGUUUCCGAAUAAUAAAUGUUUAUUUUCCUUUUAUCCGCAUCACACUCCCUUCACUCCUGAACUUUGCCAUACUUUGGAGAUUAGUGAAGGUGUCAACCUUUGGAUCAUAGCCAGGCGCCAGCAAUUAUUGAUGAACUUCGGACUUUGCUAGCUAAUGUUUUCUUUUUGCCGGGUGUAAUUAGGCGUGUGCAAUUAGUACACUCGCGCCGGGUUUAUGCCCGCAACGGCGGCUCGGGAAUUAAAUAGGCACCUACCGGAUAUAGGCUAUUUUGCAAUCUGAUUGGCUGUCUACUAGCAGGAUAAUAACUUCUUAUUAACCGAACGCGAGGUCUGUACUGAGAAAUAUCGGACCCAGGUAUUUUUUGUACAGACACAGCCCGUUGGGCGAGGUGUGUACAAAAAGACCGAGGUGCGUUAUUUCUCUAUACAUACCGAGCAAGCGAGGUUAAUAAAAAGUUUACUGUAUGGUAUUUAUUGGCAUUUAUACUUAAAAAACUCCACGAAAGUCGUGAUUUGAAAUGCAUAUCAGUAGCGUGGUACACAUUUGGUCGAAGAAAACCAAAAUUCCAAUCUAAUUCCUUCUUUUGCACAAAAACCAUUCGCAGAUAUCGUAUUAGUAACAAAUUAAUUAUAAUUUCAAAUCUUCAAUUAGUUUUGCGGUUUUGUUUUAAAAUGCAUGUGUUUGUUUUUACGUAAUGGACCGAAAGUGCUUCUCAACCAAUCAAAGUCCGCCACUUUACCGGAAAUGAUGUUUUCCAUAUACAAAAAUUCCAAUGUAAAUCCUUCUUUUCCACUAAUUAAAAGCCAUUUCACUCAUUUGUGAACUCUAAUUGUUGUUGAAACAAAACAGACCUUAGGCGUUUUGGAUGUUUUUUGUAGUAAUUUGCAAAACUUUUUCUUACGGAAAUGUAGAAUUUUGAUAAACAUUUGUUCGUUUCAUCAAUAUUCAUGUCUUCAAACUCAUUUGUGAAUUUUAGCUGUUGUUGAAACCAAUCUGUUGUAGAAAAUAUAUUUUUGCAAACGUAAACAAAAGUCUAGGCAAUUGUUCGGCAAUUGAAAAUAAAACGAUAUUUUGUGCGAAAUAAAGUUCAGCGGAUUUCUGCAACAUAGUUCCUAGCUCGAAAUAAUUUUAAGUCAAAUUUUGUCGCUUCUUUUGUGGUUUUAGGUGCAGCAGUUUGAUAGAUAGAUAGAUACUUUAUUAUCUUUCCCCAAUAGAGGCUUUUCAAAGACAAUUACCUAAUUACAUACAGAAUAACUAAUUUAUAAUAACUAUAUAAUAUUAAUAAUACAAUUACAAGCCUAUGAUAUAUGCGUAAGAACCUAGUUGCUCAAAAACUCAUGCAAUAACUUCGUCUUCAAACGACGUUUAAAAAAAUCAACUGAUUCACAAAGUUUUAAAGAAGAGUCUAAAGAAUUCCAUAGACUAACAAUCUUGUAAUAAAAUGUCCGUUGACCUGUUGCCGUUUUAAAUAACGGAAUAUUAAGUUGUUGUGAAUUCCUAGUAUGAUGGUUAGAUACUUCCUGACGCUUUAUAAAUUGGGAUGAAAUAUAAGCUGGGACACAGCCCGUCAUGCACUUAAAAGCCAUAGUGGCGCUACGAUAGUACAACUGAGUUGCCACAGGAAGCUAUCUUAGUUCUUUUAAAAGUGGUGUAACAUGAUCAUACUUUCGUGCUCCGCUAACGAUACGACAGGCAAAGUUCUGUACAGAUUGUAAUUUGUUUAUGUUUUUGCCAGUUGUAUUAGCCCAAACAUUCGAACAGUAAAAUAACUUGCUGAAGACAAGAGCGUUUAUUACAGUGAUAAGUGUUUGCCUGUCCAGUACAUGCUUAACACGAUUUAUCUGACCGAGGCGGGACAUACACGAAGAGAUCGUCUUAGUUAUGUGUUCGUCAUAAGAAAGGAGAGGGUCAAAAGUAACUCCUAGAUCUUUCACUGUUUCGGAAGGGAAUAUAUUUUUCCCAAGUAGGGACAGGCUAAACUCAUUUAGGUCCGCUAAUUUGCGUCUACUUCCGAAAACCAUGAGCUUUGUCUUUUUUGGAUUUAAUAAGAGAAGGUUGUUGAAACACCAGUUUCGCACUUUCAAAAGAUCCUCAUUCAUAUCUUCAAUAGCACCUUGCUUGUUUUGUAGAUGGAAGGAAACGCUAAGUUUUGUGUCGUUCACAUAACUGUUAGAUUUACAUUUCUCUGGAACGGAUGGCAAGUCAUUAACAUAUAUGCUAAACAAAAGAGGGCCGCUAAACAAAAGAGGGCCCAGUUUAAAAUUACUUACUUCUUCAUCUGUCACUUUGACAAAACGACUCGCCGUUAUUUUGAAAAAACCGCUUAGGUGAUUAUCAUGUAAUAAUCCGAGGUCGCUUGACCAAUCAGCGGCCACAAUUUUCGAUAAUCACUUCCGUAAUUAUGCUAGUAGAGAAAACAAUAAAACAUAAUGGAAAAACUCGCAGCAACUGUUUACAGUAGCUAUCUACAGUAACUCCCAGCAACCGUUUUAAAUUUAAACUGUUUAAAAAUAUGUAGUAAUGUAAGUGGCUUUCCAGCCUCUUCUUCGUGGUGGAGUUUAAUGUGUGGUGGAGGGAGGCGGAAGAAGGUGUGCACGCAUGACGUCAUAAUGUAUGCAACGCGAGCCUGGGCAAGAAAAUUAUUAUAUCAUUUUUAUCACAAAAGUAAUUGCUUGUUAGUGCCGCUACAAAUUUUCCAAACAUUUGAUCUAAGCACAGUCUUUUAUAGACAGUAGAUGGAUAACACAGACAUAAUUUUUGACGAGUUGAAACGAAACGAAAUUGAUGUUGAAAAAUUGAUGUCGUAUUAAGAAAACUUUAUCGUUUCAUAUAAAUACGAUGAUCAACCAACAUCGAGAUCUGUACCAUGAAAUGAAUACUCGUGGUCUAAACCUUGAACAAGUCUACAGAAAGGUCAAUGUUACAAAUACAAUGUUCAAAAAUCCAUCGAGGCAUGUCGAAUUUAAUAAUUGGCCAUCAUCUUAGUCUAUACUCUAUGCUUUAUUCUGUUUCAUUAUUAUCAUUAACAAAUUACCUAAGAUGUUGCAUGAUAUUCUAAGAUAUUGAUAUCCUAAGGUACUGAAUGAUAAUCUAAGAUACUGUAUGUUAUGCUAAGAUAUUGAUAUCCUCAGAUAAUAUAUCAUAUCCUGAGAGACUGUAUGAUAUCCUUAGAUACUGUAGGAUAUCCUAAGAUAUUGAGAUCCUAAGAUACUGUAUAAUAUUUUAAGAUAAUUAACAGUUAUUCUACGAACUCAAGUCGAAUAUGAGCGGAUAGCCGAUGAGGAGCGUAGCACCGAAUCAGCUAUCGCUCAUAUUCGACGAGAGUGAGUGGAAUAACUGUUUUAUUAUAUACACAAGGUCUGAAUUCACAGACUUUGCUUUUCCGUUAUUUUCAAUAUUUUUCUAUUUUGUUUUAUCUUCGCUCUUUCGGCAGAAUAUUUUUUCAAAAAUAUAUUUUUUUUACCAUUUUAAAUUUUAAAAAUUCAUUUGCUAACCAGUAAACAAUUUGCGGGAGGUUUUUUAUUGUGUUUUUAGUCCUGUAAAGGCUAUAAAAAGCAAACAACUUGCCAUUUUCUCGUUCGCAAAACAUCGCAAAUUCAGUUUGAGCCACCAUUUAGUUUUUCUCUACUGGCAGGGUAUGACCUAAUGUCCUGCUAGUAGAGAACCAAUCAGUUUGCAGAAUACCUCACAUCCAGCCCUUGUGUAUAUAAUAAUGUAUGCUAUCCUAAGAUAUUGAUAUCCUAAGAUAUUGCAUAAUAUUCGGAUCCAAGUUCGAUAGGUUCGGAGCCACUCUAAAUAGCUUGGAGCCGAGCUCUCUUGUAGUAGUCAUGACUAUAGCCUUAAUGGUAAUGCCAAUAGUUUUAAUAGUCAUGACUAUAGUCUUAAUAGUUAAUAGUACAGUCUUAAUACUUAUGACAAUAAUCUUAUAGUCAUUACUAUAUAUAGUCUUAAUGGUCAUGACUAUAGUCUUAAUAGUCAUUUCUAUUAUCUCAAUAAUCAUGACUAUAGUUUUAAUGGUCAUGAAUAUUAUGACUAUAGUCAUGACUAUUAAGACUAUAGAGUCAUGACUAUUAAGACAAAAGUCAUAAGUAUUAAGACUAUAGUCUUGAUCAUUAAGAUUAUAGUCAUGACUACUAAGACUAUUGUCAUCACCAUUAAGGCUAUAGUCAUGACUACAUGAGAGCUCGGCUCCUAGCUGUUGGAGUGAUUCUGAAUCUAUCGAGCUUGGCACCGAAUAUCAUACAAUAUCGUAAGAUAUAAAUAUCUUUGAAUAACGUACAUUAUCUUAAGAUAUUAUGCAGUAUGUUGGGAUCUCAAUAUCUUACGAUAUCCUACAGUAUCUCAGUAUAUCAUACAGUCUCUUAGAAUAUCAUACAGUAUCUCAGGGCAUAAUUUAGUGUCUUAGGAUAUUAAUAUCUUAAGGAUAUCACACAAUGUCUUGGGUGAUUUGUUAAUGAUAGCAAUAAAACAGAAUAAAGCAUAGACUACGACAACGGCCAAUUUCAAAAUUCGACAUGCCUCGAUGGAUUUUUGUACAUUGUGACGAAUAUUGAAUAUAUAAAAUUACAGAUUUUGGCAAUAUUAAUUCUAAGAACUGAUUUAAAGAACGAGCAGCAGUUUUCAUUAGAGAGUUUUAGAUUGACGUAUUUUCGUUUUCCCAGCUAACCGCAAACGGCUAAAAAUCACGUGGCAGCCAUCUUGCUGUCAGGUUACACGUUCGAAGAAGACGUUUCUACGCGAGGGAGGCUGUUUUCAGGUAGGUAGUUUCCCUAAAGGUUUUCAUGCAUUUUUUUGUUCUUUUUCUCGCGUAUAGACAUGGCACUUAUGUUUAUUAUCACUAUGACUUUCUUUGUUGCAUAAAAUAAGGAUAUGAAACUACUAUCUUCGACUGAAAUAUUGUGUCGAAUUUAGUCGAUGUCAAUAAAAAAAUGGCGGGCAAAAGCAUAGCCCAAAUGCAUAGCUGAUUUACAUUGUUUCUGUUGUUAUUUGUUUUUCUCAUAAUUUUCAGAUUUAAAGCUUUACUCUUACGCUAAUUUUGUUGCGAAUUUUAUAUAAAAUAUGUUUGUGUCUGAUACAGAAAUUGGAAAAAUAUCAUGACAACGAAACCCUUUCGUUAGCCAAGCAUACAACAUGAUCUUGCAUUGGCUAGGGAGUUUACAAGCUGCCAAUCACAAAAGCCAAUGGAUUGGGAUGCUAUUGCCCAUCGAUUAAGUUCACAUUUUGGAAGUUAAAACCUUAGGCCUAAAUCUAAAUUGUUUUUAAAAUCCGAACUGCAAACUUGUAACGGGUACGUCGACUAUACUGGUUUGCAGUUUGUCGUAAUAAUAGAACGUCAAUCUGAAACUCUAUUAUUGCUCCGUCGGGCGUAGCCCGAGGGAGCUUCAAAAUGCUAAUUGUCUGUCAAUUGAUGUCACAAAAUGACCAUUUUACAAGUAUAUCGGUGUAUUUUAUGAAUAUUAUGAUUGAUUUUGUAAAUAUGCAUUAGUGACCCAUAUAGUCAGUUUCAAAAUGGCGGUUGCGUGAUAAGUGAGCAAAUAAUAUAUCUGGCAAUUUUCACCGAAUUGUACUCUGUUCUUCAUGGUGUGUCGUACUCCAGACUUACUCUAUAUGAUUUAAUGUAUAUUUGUUGGUGCAACAACAACAACGAAAGUACGAAACAGGUUGAAUUAAGGCCAUUAGAGAUUUUUAGCAUAAGCACACUAUUCUACAUAUGAUAAUGAGAAAAGAGAUUACAUAUGAUAAUCACAAAGAAUACAAGUAAAAAUACCCAAGAGACGUGCAGCAAAAGAAAACAGAGGCGAGAAAUAGUGCAAGACAAACAUUUAUUUGCUUUUGAACUAACAAAACCAUAAAUCUCAACGUUAAAAUGUUCGUUUAAAUUACUUUCUAGUUCAAGUUGAUUAAUGUCAUUCAGCGUCUCCAAAUCACCUGCGAUCACCUGGUGGAUUCUCUCAUGCAUCAUGCAUGUGCAUUCCUUUUGUGCAAAGCCAGAUUUUAAAUUACUUUCUAGUUCAAGUUGAUUGAUGUCAUUCAGCGUCUCCAAAUCACCUGCGAUCACCUGGUGGAUUCUCUCAUGCAUCAUGCAUGUGCAUUCCUUUUGUGCAAAGCCAGAUUUUUAGCUCCUCAACAGGCGCACUUGUCAUGAAAACAUAUAGUCAAAGAAAAUAGCUAUAUGCCGAUGUGGGACAUGAAUGCAUUUAAAAUACAUUAUUCUAACAAUAAGCUUAGCAUUGGGAACAAUAACGCGAUUAUUUUCAUAAUUGAUGGUGACACAUGCAGAAUAGGAAUCUUCGGAAAAUGAUGAAUUUUUACAAGGUAGUGGUGAUAAGUCAUAUACUGUAUUAGUAUUGGUAAAACCCGUCGUCGUUUUGCAUAUAAUGUUUUAUUAUGUUUAACUGUUUACUUUGCAGCAGAAUUAAGUCGUACGGAAAACCAGAUGUGCUAUCACGGACGAAGAAAAACAGCUAGUUCUCAAAGCAUGAAGGAGUCCACCGGCGAUUGGUCCGAUAUUCUCAAUUUCGUCAUUCAGAAUACCAGCUCUGUCUGCAUUACAAACCCAAGGCAAAGAGUAAAAAUUCAAGACUACCCAUCAUCAAUCGUAUGCAGCGAAUCUUAAAUUAAUAAGAGUAUCCAAAAGGAAGCACGAGUCAGUGAAGCAGUAUCGACGUCCAUGUCUGCUGCAAUACUGCAUGCAGUCUAAGAUUAAACACACUAAAAAGGCAACCCCGGAGGACCGUUAUCACAACAAGAUUAGCCUAGCGAAUCUUGAGAAAAUCUCAGAGCCUGAAAAUGACGAGGAUGAACCUAUUGCUGCAUAGAGCAGUGGAAUAGAACGGACGAGAAAAAAGCCCGUGCGAGUGAUUUAAUUUAAACGAACAUUUAAAAUGUUGAGUUUUAUGGUUUUGUUAGUUAAAAAGAGAAUAAAUGUUUGUUCUGCACUAUUUCUGGCCUUAGUUUUCUUCUGCUGCACGUCUCUUGGAUAUUUUUACUUGUAUUCUUUCUGAUUAGCACAUGUAAUCUCUUUUCUCAUUAUCAUAUGUAGAAUAGUGUGCUUAUGCUAAAAAUCUCUAUUAGGUCACCAAAAAAGUUGAAAGCUUUAAACUGGUAAGAUUUUAACAUGCUUCUUUUCCAUUUUUUUUGCGCCUAUAUGCGCUAUAUCCAGAAGGCUGAAGGCUAAGUUAAACGGAAUCUCCACGUAUUAGCAAAUAGUUAAAACAUAACUUUCUAGUUUCGUAGACUUUCAGUAGACAUAUCAUGUAAACAACUAAAAAACAAGGUUACCACUAUAGUCAUGAUUAUAGUCUUAAUAGUCAUGACUAUAGUCUUAAUAAUCAUGACUAUAGUCUUAAUAGUCAAGACUAUAGUCUUAAUAGUCAUGACUAUAGUCUUAAUAGUCAUGACUAUAGUCUUAAUAGACUAAGACUAUAGUCCUGACUAUUAAGACUAUAGUCAUGACUAUUAAGACUAUAGUCCUGGCUAUUAAGACUAUAGUCAUCACUAUUAAGACUAUAGUCAUCACUAUUAAGACUAUAGUCAUCAAUACUAAGACUAUAGUCAUCACUAUUAAGACUAUAGUCAUCAAUACUAAGACUAUAGCCAUGACUAUUAAGACUAUAGUCAUGACUAUUAAAACUAUAGUCAUGACUAUUAAGACUAUAGUCAUGACUAUGAAGACUAUAGUCAUGAUUAUUAAGCCUAGAAAACGGUUUUCAUUAAGCAUGUCUUAGAUCUGAAAUACUUUUACUGGAGCUAACACUUUCGAACACGCUGAGUUCAAAUCCGAAAGGUUCCCACUCCGUAGACCCACAGUUUUUUCACAAAAUGAUAUUUUAUCCAAUUUCACAGCAAUUUUUUUCAUUCUUCAACGGCACGGAUCGAUGACGAUACAUCAUUAUGUCACUCAAAAGGACCAAUUUCUAUUAACCAUUUUUCAUUUUAACAAACGACCGGUUUUGGUCGAAUCAUUUUGAGUUAUGCAAUUUUAUGCGUGUUGGACGUAAACAACAUAUCUUGUCUACAACUUUGAAAAGGUACAGAUAAUUCCUCCUAAUAUUCUUAGUUCUGGAUCUAUCUCUAUAAAAUCACAAGGACAUUAAUGCCAAGUCUUUGGGCUAUGUUUUUGAGCUAAGAAAUAAUUCCUUACAUGCGAUGAAAAUGUUUUAAGCAAAGGUAUAAAACCGUAACCUAUAUGUAAUGGAGCAGCAUUGAAAUUUCCAACACAGUUUCCGAGACGUAAUUCAAGAGAAGAUAACUUAUAAUUGCGUUUUAACUAUUACAUCAGUUGGUGUUUAUACUGUGCGAUAAGCGAAUUUUAUUGGAAAGGGGGCUUCUAUAUACGACGAAAUCAUCAAAUAAACAGCUCAUGCACACAUUUCUCCACUUCGUGAUAAGUUUACAGAACAUAUUUUAUACUUUGGGACUGAUCUUUGUCUUUGAUGUGAAAAUUUCUUCUUAUAGUUCAAGGUCAUUUAAGAUUAAUCCUGUCGUAAGUCCUCUAUCUGCAACCAUUCGACAAUAUUUCAUUUUAGCGUUGCCUUUGCCGUUACGUUGGCUUCGCGUUACUUUUGUUUUAAAUAUCUUGAUCGCGUUAAAAGAGUUAUUUUUCAGGCCGGUGACAUAGCUAAAAGACUUCGCAUUAAUGUCCUUGUGAUUUUAUAGAGAUAUCUCUAGAACUGAGGAUUUUAGAAAGCGUUAUCUGUACUUUCUCAAAGUUGUAGACAAGAUAAGUUGUUAAUGGUAAGAUUGCAUAACUCAAAAUGAUUGAGCAAAACCGUUCUUUUGUUAAAAGGAAGAAUGGUUAAUAGAAAUUGAUCCUUUUGAGUAACAUAAUCGUGUAUCGUCAUCGAUCUGUAUCGCUGAACAAUGGAAAAAUUUGUUGUGAAAUUAGUGAAAAUAAAAAAGCCUUUUGAAAAAAAACUGCAGGUCUACGGAGUGGAAACUUUUCGGAUUUAAACUUAGCGUGUUCGAAAGUGUUAGUUCCCAUAAAAAUAUUUCAGAUGUAAGACAUGCUUAAUGAAAGUGAACGAUGUCGGUUCACAACACCUGGACUAUAUAUGACUAGGCUCCGAACUAUUGAGACUCAGCUCCAAGCUGCAUAUGCUCGUUAGGCUCCUAGGUAUUAGCUGGGCACUGUGCAGUGUAAACUGUGUGAAGUUGAACUGAAGACAUUAAAAUUCCGAGAGCUUUACUCGUACCAGACGUAAGGCCGAUCAAAAUGUAUUCCAAUAAAGCCAGAAAAAAUUGCAAGGUUAUCGUUUGAAGACAGACAAGAAUACCAGAACUCUUUAAAGAUAGAAAAGACACCUAAGUGACACGCUCUUAGAGGUAAACCUUAUUAAUUUUUAAAAACAUAAAGAAAUAAAUGUGUUUUAAAACUAAACUUUUGCCACCUGCCGGAUUUAAGGUUUACGCCCGCGUAAUAAAUAAUCCCUAUCUAUCCAUAAAUAAACACUUUUAAUCCAUUUUCGACUGUUAAUGACUUUUGUGGUAUAUGUUUUAGAUAUCCACAAAAGACAAAAUUCCGAUAUAUCUCGCAAAACCCACAACGUAUACUAAAUUCUUGUGCAAGUUUAUACCCGCAAAACUUUAAGGUCUACGCCCGCGUAAUAAAUAAUCCCUAUCUAUCCAUAAUAGACACUUAAUAAAUUAAACUUUGGCUUGUUUUCAUUAACGACUGUUUAUGACUUGGACAGCACACAUUUCCAAUGUGAACUUUUAACAAAACAAAAAUUUCGAUAUAUCUCACACAGUUACUGUAAUAACUCUCUGUUCGUUUGUAUUUUUUUUGUCUCAACCUCGCUGGGUGAAAUAAAAAUUGUAUCCACAUGGGGUGGGCAGGUUAAUCACUUUUAAUACUCCGUAAUAUGCAAAUAUCGAUCAUAACAGCGGCUUUGGCAACCAUGUUAACUUGUGCUUGUUCUGUUUAAAUUUACCAUAUCUAUGUCUGGAUUUUUUUAUUCCUGGUUUGAUAGUCCUUAACAUGGUGAAUAUAUCUCCAGGGAAAACCAAGGAUGGUGUUAAUAAAGUAGUGGACACUCUAAGAAAAUUUAAUAAAAUCUUGUAAAAUACGAUGAAUGCAAAUAGAACUUUUAUAUUUUUUUCUAUUGCAAAAAUCUUUCAACCCAGAAUAUAAUGCUGACCUAAAACACAGUGAAAAUUUGAUGGAACACCAGAUACUAUAUAUCAUAUUAUUUCACAAUACUUAUCCCAAGCCUUCUGGACACCAGAUGUGCAAGUGUUUAUACUAUUUAUACAUUUGAGAUCAGAACUGUAUACGAUCUAUAAUUAAUGAUAUAUACUGUAGUGAUAUGUCUUUCAUUUCUGAUUUGUAUGUACAGUAUUAUGUUACUCCUUGUCAAAAUGCUAAGGUUAUAAUAAGGUACUUCCUUAAUAAGGUGGUUAUAAUAAGGUAACUUCAUUACCCUAGUUUCAGAAGUUUAUAAAAAUAAACCUCCGGAACCAGGUACAACUUCCUAUACAUCACUCCAAGCAAUCCUGUUGCUGCCCUUAACCGACGGAACGAACGCCUUGAGCAGGCGUCUUGUUAUGUACUAUUUCAACAAUGAACUUUUUUGUAACGAAAAGGUUAAAUUACAGCAGUUCUUAACAACGCAAAAAAACUAUGGCUAAAAAGUGCUAUACUAAAUAUGUUACGUAUAUUAAGAAUAAAUUGUGAUAAAUACUAAAACAGUUAGGUUAUACAGGGUGUCUCAUAAAAACCGCUAUGGAAAUUGAACAGGCUGUCGUGUAUCAUAAACUAAUAGCUAAACAGUUCAAUUUUUACAUAGGACGAAAGAGCUGUUAUUAAGCUUUUCUCUGACACCUUUUUUAAACCGUAACGAUAAGAAAUGGCCACAUACUGGUCAAAUAAAACUUGCUCGUCGAAAUCACAUUCUUCCACCGUUGGGAAUUUAAAAUACAUGAAUUAUGUAAAGUUGAUCAAUCCAAAAGCAACGCGAGCCUGCUGCAAGGUGUUUGUUUCGUAAAACGUUUUGAUUACGAAUGUUCUCUUUUCAGUGGUUAAUUGAACCAUGUUUAAAUAAAUCGAAUAAUGAUGUUCUUAUUGUCUCACUAAGACGACGAUUCACGAGUUGAGCUCAUUUUAGAUAAUUUUACAUUCAACUUAUAUUCCCCAUUGGGAAUUGUCUAUGUUUCGUUUUCCAUGCAAUUUCCAACAGUGGAAGAAUGUGAUUUCGACCGGCAAUUUUUAUUUGACGAGUAUGCGGCCAUUUCUCAUCGUUACGAUUUAAAAAGGGUAUCAUUGACAAGCUAAAUAACUAUUUCGUUCUAUUUAAAAAUUGAAUUGUUUAUGAUGCACGACCACCUGUUGAAUUUCCAUAGUGUUCGUUUCUGAGACGCCCUGUAUAGAGAUUAUAUUCUAAUAUUGCCUUUCAAAAUUAUGAGGUAAAAAGGAAUGCUUCAAGCGGUCCGUUUUGCAGGCAUAAUUAUUAAAUUUGCAUGGUAAUCUUUAAUCGUAAUUUUAUGUAUAUAGAUCCGGAAACAAGUCCGUCAUUGUAUCAUUAUUUAUAUUUUUUCUAAAGAGCAGACCUUAUGCAUAAUGAUGUCAAAAGGCUUGAUGCUCGCGAGGAAUGCUGUUCUUAGUAGCCCUCUUCCUCUCAGAAAGUUUUGUGAGCAGUAUUUUAGCGCCUUCGGUUGUUGAACACACAUUUUCGCGUCCAUUUUGGCUUCGAUUUUGCUGUACUUCGGUCAAAACAAACUUUAAAGCACCACAAAGACGGUUGUUUUAAAUUUAUCAAACAUUGCAAAAGAAGUGGGGAUAAGAAACAAUAUUUCUCACGCGCAAAAUGCUCCCCGCACGGCGGCCAUUUCGCUUGCAAGUGAAGGAUUAUCAAUUUAUUAUUUUCUGCAAGUGAAGGAUUGUCAUGCUGCUUUGCUACAACGGGAAUUUCCCAUUAAUGUUAGGAAUGAUGGCAGAAGUAAAUAUUGGACCAUUUGCAUUAUAGACUAAAUUUUGAUCUAGACAAAAAUUUCAACACAGCUUGAAAGAGCAUCGCAAAAUUAGUAAUAUUCCAAAGUUUCGAUGCGAAAUGUUGUAAAAUGCGGAUAAUAUAGCCCUGCGAAAUUUGCAAUUUUCAGUCAUUUUGUAUUAAAAACGGGAAAUUCAUGCCCCAACACCCGAUUGGGCUGUCAAUUUCCCAUGCGUGAUACAAAAUGACUGAAAAACGGCAAACUUUGCAUGGCUAUAUUAUCCGCAUUUUACAACAUUUUGCAACGAAACUUUGUAAUAUUACUAAUUUUGUGAUGCUCUUUCAAGCUGUGAUGAAAUUUUUGUUUAGAUCAAAAUUUAGUCUAUAAUGCAAAUGGUCCAAUGUUCACUGAGCCUAAAUUAUAAGCAAGGCUGCAAAACCUGUUUCAAACGUCGCGCUUUUCGUGUGCCGAAGGCAUUAAAAACAAUAGAUAGUCAGCUGAAAUGCCUCAUUAUCUAUUGUUUUAAUGCAUUCGGCACAUGAGAAGCGCGACGUUUGAAACAGGCUUAAGGUGGUCAAUGCAUUUUUAAAUUAACUAUUUUUGAAGAGAACUAAUCUUUUACAAUCGAUUAACUUCCAGGUCUUGAUCUAGAAAAUGGCAAAGGAUAUGUUGUAAUUGUGCGAGCCAUAGAUUUUGUUGGUUUGAGUGUCGAAACAACAUCAAAUGAAUUUAUCGUGGAUGAGACGCCACCGGUUUCCGGAUGGGUAUCGAUUGUUAGUCCAUCACCAACUGAUUUUAAUAUGAAACAAAUAACAGUAAGGUAUGUUUUUACGUAUCAUUUUCCCCGAGCCGGCGGGGUGAAGUGCCGUGCGGGGGUACUAAUUCCGCACGGCUAAUUAUACCCGGGUAUGUGAAAACAUAGCGGAGUGCAAAGUUGUCGUCCAUUUAGUUUAUGUCAUGGACGGUUUUCGACGUUAUGCGCAUGGGCGAAUACAAACUCUGUCGAAGUAAUUGUUUUUCAUUUUGAAAGGACGUAUUUUACUGUUUUACAGCAAUUUUUUGUUUUAAAUUUCGCUAAAAAGUUUACAAAAGUACAACACGGUUUUUUUUCGAUUUUAAGUUGAAAUAAGCCUGCAGUUUUAUGUCUUUGAUAAUUUAAUCGUUGUUGUGCCAGUUUGGGUAAGUGUAAACAUUUCAGUAGUAAAAUUCCAUGGGCCGUACUUACUUUGUGUAAUUAAUUUUUAAGCCAUUCUUAACUCGAUAAUUCACUUUAAUGCCAGCUGUGAAUGUUAUCGUUCAUUUAUAAAGCUAGCGCAUCAGUUGUGCUUUUAUGUUUGUUUUUAAUGGUCUUAAUACUUUAUUUGAUGGUUUUUAUACUUCAUCUGUUAAGAAAGGCGAGGGGUUGCUGCAUGCAUGCAUGUAUUUUCUAGUAGUUACAUUACCGCGUAGAGUUCCUUGAGUACAGAUCUCUACCCUAGACUAAGCGGAUAGAGGUUGCCCGAACAAUAGUUACCUCAAUUCUUACUUUAAAUAUUAUUUAAAAUAAAUCCCUAUCGAACCGAAAGUGAUUUGGUAUUUUGAUAUAAAAAAUAUUAGUUGAUACAUGAAUAUUGGGACCUUAUGCAAGCAGGAUGGUAAAGCGGCAACGACGACUAUUUACACAAUGAUAUUCCUGAUCUCAAGAAAAGAAAUGAAUAUAUAAAAGUCCCAAGGGAGGUUAAGACGUCGUCAGGUUAGCGCUUUUUAAAACGGAAAACCAGAAAUUUUCACGUUUCUUGUACAACGCAAACCGCGACAAGUGGUACACCAAAUUUACCCAGUGUAAAGCCUUUGUUUUAACCUCCUAAAACUGUAAUAAAUUCAUACAGUGGCCAAUACACAACAAAUUUUGUUCACAAUAAUUUAUUUGUAGAAGUUUGUUUUGGCUGUCGUUGUCGGAUUGUCGUCAUUCAUGUUUAAUUUACCUAAUAUUCGUUGAAAGAGGAACGGCUUAAUUUACCAAGAAGCAAACAACCUACAUGAAAGACUUUUUCUCUUAUUGAUUUUAUUUUUAACGUCUCCAAGCCACACGAAUAGAUCUUGAAACCAUUUGCUGCAAAUGCAACGUGGCACGUUUUAUUGUAACUAGAAAUAAUGGCAAGCAACACUCCCUCACCUUUCUAACUAAACAAAUACAUCUCGUAACAUUGUUUUAACAUGAAGCGCAAUUGUAAUAAUCAACCGCAGACAGAGUGCUAGCUCGCGUCAUGUGGUAGGUAUGGCAAUCCGAUCAUUCAUUUUUUGAACCACAGUAAGACUAGAAUUAUCAAUUUCGUAGAAUAUAUAAUCUACCUAUACGAAAUAUAUAAUCUACCUAUCUUGUUAAGUAUUCUAAGAGUUUCGAUUUGUAUUAUGAAGUAUACGGUUCGAGAAGUAUUAGUGACAUACAUAUUUACAAACAACAACAUAGCACUGUAGCUUAAAGAUGAGCUAAUAUCUUAGAUCUAAUGUCAUGAUCUCAUCUUAUUAAUUUAAUUGAUUUUGCUUUAUCAGAUGGGGGAACUUUUAUGAUUCUGAGUCUGAAAUAUCGAACUAUGGAAUCUGCCUUGGUAGAUCACAAGGAGAAUGCAAUGAAAUUGACUAUUUACUGGUGGGCCUAAACACGACGUAUACAUUUGUUAACGUAACAUUACGUCAUAAAGAAAAUUAUUACGUCACCGUUAAGGUUAGCAACAUGGUUGGACUUUCAACACGAGUUACAUCAAAUGGUAUUAAAAUCGACAUUACUCCACCUGAACCGGUUAAAAGUAUGAGAGGUAGUUCUUCAAAUAUUGAUGGCAUUUGCAAUUCAUUGUUUGAUAGUUGCAAUGAAGAGGCAUCAGGUAAUUUUCCAAAUUGUUCUUAUUCAUUCUUGGUCCCUUUAAAAAAUUAGAAGAUUAUUUCAUAUUACCUCUGCCUAUAUUUAGUCUGUAUCACAAACCUUACUGUAGAAAGGUCUGUGAACAUUGGCGCGGUUGCUCGUUCCUGCAUAAAAUUGCAUCCUCUCAGUUUUGGAGACUUAAUUUAUUCAAAUUUGACGUCAUAAAUGCCUCCGUAUAUCAAAAUUAGAGGUGAUUGUAAACAUAUUUUGGAAUGUUAACCUGUUUCAAACGUCGCGCUUUUCAUGUGCCGAAUGCAUUAGAAACAAUAGAUAAUGAAGCAUUUUGGCUCAUUAUGUAUUGUUUUUUAAUUUAAUAAGGUGGUCUUCCACUCAAAAUUUUGAUUUUUUUUCACUUUUUUGAAAGUAGCAAAAUUGUCAUGUUUAUUUGGGGGGAGGAGGGGGAGUGAAUAGGGGUAUACAAAUCCGCCGAUUUGAAGCAAAAUCCGCGAUCCGAGCCAAAAUAUUAGAUAAAUCCGUAAUCUGAUGUAUUAAUAAGAUCAUAAAUCCGUGUAAAACAUUCGCCAGAUCCGAAAUCCGGACAAUUGUUUCUGUGAAAACCUAUUCACACCCCCCCCCCCUAUUUAUUAUAUUUUCAUGUUGUAAAGCUUUUUUAACGGUAUUUCUUCGUUAAAUAAGAAAAAAAUGGGAAAUACUGAACAAAUGUGCUAUUUUCCUCUUAGUAACCACCUUAGCAACGAAUAGUUUACUGUGAAUCUUGCCGAUUGGUUUUGAAAAAUAUGUAUUAUUACCCACCCCUCCCUGAUUUCUUUUUGGCAGAACGAUCAGGGAAAUUUAACACAUGUUUACAUGAAGUAUUUCGUUUGGGAAAGUGAUUUCAGCGAAAGUUCAGGCGAAGCAUUUCCUCAUUUGCAAUUUAAAUUUUCACAUAAUUAAUAUUUGUUCGGUGUUAAAAGUUGGUUUAAAAUGCGACGUGCUCGAUCUGGUUAUUCGGGAAAGCGAAAAUAUUAUGGUAAUCAACACACACGUCAAAGAAACGCGUCGGAGAACUGCGGUGAAUCAUGUCGGCCAUAUAAAUGAACAGCCAAAACGAAAACGACUAUCAGCUAGGAAAAUAAAUCCUUCAAAGCCACAAAAGGUUGCUGAUGACGGAAUAUUUACGGGUACACUAAUCGUAAGUGGGAUUCAGUUUGUUGAUAUGACAAUUUUUUCAGGUGUUUAGCAUUUUACCAUGCAAAGAAUGCAAUGAAUGUUGCCAAUUGCCUUACUUUGAACGAAAUGGGUUAAAACGAAAAGGGUGUGCCUCCCAUCUUCAGCCACUUUGUUGUUCUUGUGGUUGGAAUAAGUCGUUUUUUACCUCACGUCAGAUAUCACGUUUUUUUUUAAGUAAACAGGAGGUUUGUGUAUGCUCUAAGAUCCAUUGGUUGUGGUCAUGCUGCAGCAAAACGGUUUUGUGGUCUGAUAAACAUGCCACCUCCUCCUCGACCAACUCCAUAUUCACAGUUACAUGGCAGAGAAAGCAAAUAAGACGAGUGAAUAUACAAACAUGGAGCUGAUUUGCCUGUGGAUAUUACUGUGCAAUUAAAACCAACUAUGAGAGGCUAAGUUAUGAUGGCCUUUUGUCAAGGUGUUUAGAUGGCAAGACUCAAAAUCAGAAUAAGUCUUUAAAGGUAUGAUUUGGGAACGGUUGCCAAAACAAACAUUUCUCGGCUCGGACGUACUGCAACUUGGAGUACAUGAUGCUAUUGCCCACUUCAAUAUUGGACGUGAAGCUUCUAUUCAAGUUCUGAAGAACAUUAGCAUUAAUCCUGGGAAAUAUUGUGAAGCUGAAUGUUCUCAAUAUGACGAUAUGAUAAGUAAAAAGGCAGACUAUAAGGAACAAGAUAUAUUAAGAUUGCGGACCGAGAAAAGUGCCUCGUGGGAGGAAGAAGAAAAAGGGGGACCAGGAUGAAGAAAAUGAGGGAGAAACUUAUGCAUGUGGCUCAUUUUAGAUUGCAUCAAACAUUUUUGCUGAAAAUGAGCUCCAAUUAUGAGGGAUAGCUAUAUAAGUGAGCCCACACAUUAUCACUACUAUUAUUAUUAUUUCGAGCUGAGCAGAACGUGCUUUGCACAUGUCUGAAGUUUAAUCGAAAUAUUCUUAAUCUACGACUUUUGGAUUCAUUAAUAUUAAUUAUGAUCCGUUCAAGCUUUAUUUGUUUACUUUUGUCCUGUGUUAUACAUACGCUCAUUUUGUGAAAAGGAUUUUGUGUCCUUUGUCCAAUGCCGUUGUAAUAACAAGAUUAAUGAUCGUAAUUCAAAUGUUUAUUCUAACCAUUCUGCAUCACAUGGAACAAAUGCGGAGACCGUCAUCACUCCACCAACUACAGCCGCUGUUAAGAAGUCGGGAACAAAGUGUUGUUGCGGAAAGGUUUGUAAAGGAGCUCGAGGUUUAAAAAUGCAUCAACGUAGUUGUCGGGUCAUCAUGGGACUAAAUAAAAAGCUAUUAGAAAAUGUAUUUGAAUAGGAAGAAAGCAACAACAACUGUGCUGGAGACCUAGAUGAUAUUGACACCACCUCAGUUUACAAUACUAAUCAGGAGGAAGAAUAUCCUGAGUUAAAAAAGGGUAUAAAUCUUCCUAAAACCAAUUCAGAAUGGCUAACGGCUAACGAACAUUUGAAAUUUUCACUAAUGUCUAAUUUACCAAUCACAAGUGACGAUUUAAAUAUAUCAAUUAAACUACUAAAUGACACCAUUUACACCUACUUUGCUGGAAACUUCGGGUUUGUGGAACGUCUGCCGGAUAAAUUACUCAAUGACAAAUACAAGAAUCACAGCAUAAAGGACUUGAACAAAGCAUUGAAACUACUUAAAUUAUCCAACUCUGAACUUGCCGAAAUUAGAUAUGUCUUUCGGCUCGUGCGAAAUAAGCUCAAAUCUAACAAAACUAAUGAUAACAUGCAUAAUAGUACCGAUGAGUCGUUUAACCACGAUAAAUACUUUGAACGUAAUUUCUGGGGAUAUGUCAAGAGAGUCAUAAAUUGCAGCGAAUCGAUUCUCCCUGCCUUCGAUAUGGACGACUGUUUAAAGUACUUUAAGACAGUCCUGACUAAGGUCAACCCAAACAAAAGAUUUCAAAUUCCAAGUUGGAUUCCAAUGUUACACGAUCCCAUUACCGAAUUUGACCUUAAACCUCCAACUUACCGACAAAUAACAAACAUUACUCGCAAAAUGAAAACAUCUGGCUCACCUUGUCUUCUAGACCAAAUCUCUAUUAUAAGUUUUAAACGUUGCCCAUACCUCCGAACAUAUUUAACCGAACUAAUUCAAGCAGUUUGGCUUUCUGGAUCUGUACCUGACGAAUGGAUGAAAGCUUGUACUAUAUUAAUCCACAAGAAAAAUAGACCUUAUUCAUAAAUCGUGACGAGGCCUCGUAUCCUAGGAUAGGGAACAAAACGCGGGAAAACAAGCGAAAACUGCUUGACAAGCCAAUUUCAGAUGCUAUUGUGUCGACUUUAGCGGCUUGUUUCUUGGUGCUUUUUGCGAUUUAUAACGAUUUUUGUGUGUAUUUUAAGACUUUGUGCCCACAACAAAAGCGAUAAACGAGUAUAUUAUAAAAGCGACCGGUUUUUCUCCCGUUUUUGUGUGGAAAAAAUGACAACGUAGCGAUGGUGUUUAUCCAGAAGCGAAAAACAACAGUAUUUUACUGAGAUUUUAACGUCAAUAUAAAGGUUAAUUUUGUGAAGAAUCAAGACAACUAUGGAAUGGAAGUAUAAUUUUUCGAAUUUGACAUGAAUAUGAAAGAAAAUAACAGUAAAAAAUCACAAGAGGACGUCAAAUGUUAUUGAUUCGUACGGAAAAAUAUGAACUAUGGCUGUGGCUCGAUAACAUUCUGCAAGCAGCUUACAAGUUUAAAAAAUGAAGGCUACAUUACCUGAGUGAGUUGUAAUCCUAUUUCUUCAACAAUAGCUUCAUAUUUCUUACGAUUUUGGUGUUGUAUAGACGUUUUGUAGCCUUGUUGGUUGGUUGUUUUGGCUAUACAAACUACGACAAUAAUACAAAGUCAAGGGUUUCCUUUUUUGAUUGACUCCAGCAUCUUUUGCUUUAAAUAUCACGUUAUAUUUUCUCAGAAGUAUUUUUUCAACUUUCAAGAUCAGUUUUAUAGAUAUUAUUUUCGAUAAAAGCCGUCAUAUUCACGAAAAAGAGCUGCCAUAGUCGACAGCAAAGAAAAACACAUUUUGUCAAUUUUCCCGCGUUUUUCCCCGUUUCCUAGGAUACGAGGCCUCAUCACGAUUUAUGAAUAUUAAGGUCUAUGAUGCUAAUCUUCCCGAGAACUUCCGUCCAAUAACUCUUCAAUCCGUACCACUGAAAGUAUUCACUUCAAGUCUCUGUAAUGCAAUGUUCUCUUACCUACUCGCCAAUAACUUUAUCGAGCACGGAAUACAAAAAGGCUUCACCCCUCAUAUAUCGGGGACAUUUGAACAUACAGCACAAAUGGCUUAUAUAAUCAAUCAAGCACGAAUAAGACAGCGAUCUCUCGUUAUAACCCUUCUUGACCUCAAGAAUGCGUUUGGUGAAGUACAUCACAAUUUAAUCCAAUCUGUUCUUGGCUAUCAUCACAUACCUCAACAUAUUCAACUCAUGAUUAAGAGCCUUUACACAAACUUUAAAACAUCAAUCAUCACAUCUGAUUUUAUCACCCCAUUUGUAGAAGUAGGUCGUGGAGUUUUGCAGGGAGAUUGCCUCAGUCCAUUACUAUUUAAUCUAUGCUUUAAUACUUUUAUCCAGCACAUAAAAUCGGAGAAAUAUCAACAGUUCGGUUUUUCCUAUAAACUUCUCAACCCAAUUCAUUGGUUCCAGUUCGCUGACGACGCAGCCGUAAUAACCGGCCAAGAAUCUUAAAAUCAACACCUACUAAACCGUUUUGCAAUUUGGUGUCAAUGGUCUGACAUGAUUAUUCGGGUAGAUAAAUGUAGCACCUUCGGCAUCAAAAAAGCUCUUACCAAAUCAGUUCAAUACCUCCCUAAGUUAAUCAUUAACAAGUCUAUUAUUCCGGCUAUUGAAAAUGGAAAAUCAUUAUGCUAUUUAGGAAGGUACUUUAAUUACGAAAUGACAAAUAAUGAACAUAAAUCGGAAUUAGUAUCCCUAUUGACAGACCUAAUGAAAGAAAUAGAUCUGAAGCCAUUACAUCCGAGAAACAAGAUUCUCCUUUACAGUCGCUACGUUCUUUCAAAACUCUCAUGGCAUUUCACUAUAACAUCAAUUAAAAAAACGUGGAUUUCUGAAAACUUGGACUCAGUUUUCAAACAGUACAUUCGUAAAUGGCUUGAGGUACCUAUUUCUGGAUCACUUAGUAAUAUUUACCUAACCAGUAACAAAUUUGGUCUGAACAUUAUCCCCCCAUCAACUAAAUUCAUACAAUGUCAAAUAACUAUCCGCUGUGCUCUGAAGUCAUCUCCCAAUGAAUCAAUAACCCACCUCGGGAUAUCGACUUGAAAUCAUACUAACACCCAAUAUGAUCAGUAUACGUCGACAAAAGAAGUAAUUAAGUCAUUCCGUGAAAUUCAAGAAGAUAAAUUGGAAAAUCAGUUAAAAUGCCAAAGUUCAUUCUUCUCCAGCAUCUCCAAAUUUCCACUACCCCAAGUAAAUUCGAUUUGACCAACCUGUCAAUCCAAACUACCAAAAAAUAUUUUCAACUUCACUAUUCGCUACAUAAACAAUUCGCUACCAACCCGCAAAAACCUUCAACGAUGGGGACUGUCCUCAUCCUCUGAAUGCUCGUUUUGCCUUAAACCUGAAUUUUUUUACACGUUGUUGCCGGCUGCAGUUCUUACCUUGAUCGUGUUACUUGGAAACACGACUCAAUCCUAAAUUUUAUUGCUACUAACCCCCCAUUAGAACAUAUUCGGACCAUUUAUGCUGACUUACCAUCAUUCUCUAAUCCCUCUAUUAUUACUGGUGAUGACUAUCAUCCUGAUUUACUAAUUUUGACCAAAGACAAUUGUCUAUAUGUACUCGAACUAACCGUUGGAUUUGAGACUAACCUAAGGAAUAAUGUACAGCGUAAAUAUUCAAAAUAUAAAGAGAUGAUCAUAGAACAAAAGAAAAAAUUCCAUCCGGUAAAGUUCAUUAAUCGCUCAAUCAGUGCACUCGGUGUUUUUGAAAAAGAAUCUUCAGCUUUAAUACAAAUGUUGGAACAUUUAAACUCAGAUAUGGCCGGUGUUAAAUAUAUAAUUAGGAAAAUCAUUAAUAUUGCAAUAAGAACGACAUAUUACGUUUUCUGUUCUACGGAAACAAGGACUGGUCGAAUCCAGACUUAAUGAACGUCUAGCUAGUCUCUUACUUUUUGUAUCAUAGAAUUAUGUCCAUGUGUAGUGUAAUAAUGUAUAGUGUAUCAAGUAACCAAUUGUAAAUUACCUUUAACAGUGAGAUUUGCAAUUGUAAGUGCAUAAAAAAUUCAAUAAAGUUUUUAUUAUUUUUUCAUUAUUAUUAUUAUUAUUAUUAUUAUUAUUAUUAUCAGUCCUGAACUUUCUUGCUCAUCAGUUACAAACUGUUGACGGUUCUACUCUCUACGCUGAUCUAAAUGGAUUCAAAAGCCCUUCAAUACUUACUGGUGAUACGUAUCGCCCAGAUUUGUUAUUAUCGUGCUCAAAUGGUUCCUUAUAUGUGGUUGAACUCACCACUGGUUAUGAGACAAACCUCAAAAACAACGUAAAACGGAAGAGGGAUAAAUAUAGAGAAUUAUUGAGACAGCUAGGUAAAAAUUUUAACCAAGUUAAAUUUAUAAACCUCUCCAUCAGCUCUUUAGGUAUUUUUGCAGAAGAAUGUUAUACAUUUUUAGACAUGUUAGAUAGUAUUGGUCUUGACAAAAAACACCAAAUGUACUGCGUUAGGAAAAUGAUGACUAUUGCUAUUAGAACUACAUAUUACAUUUUUUGUUGCCGAAAUAAGGAAUGGGAAAAUCCGGAUUUACUAACAAUUUGACUUAUCUCAUUGUAUAUAUAUAUAUAUUGCAUGCACUUUGUUCUGUUAUUUUAGUUUAGUAUAAUUGUGAUUUAAAUAGCCAACCGUAAGUUACCUUUAUGAGAGAGAUUUACGAUUGUAUAUGUAUGUAAAGAAAAACAUUUAAUAAAGUUUCCAUUAUUAUUAUUAUUAUUAUUAUUAUCGGAAAAAAGCCAAAUAUAAAGAACUAGUAAAACAACUAGACGAAAAUUUUAACGAAGUAAACUUUAUAAAUCUUUCUAUGAGCUCCCUAGGUAUUUUUUGCGCAAGAAUGCUCUACAUUCUUAGAAAUGUUAGGAAAUGUUGGUCUGGACAAAAACUACCAGACGUACUUACUGUGUUAGGAAAAUGAUGACUAUUGCCAUUCGAAGUACAUACUAUAUUUUUUGCUGCCGAAAUAAGGAAUGGGAAAGUCCGGACUUGUUAACUAUUUGAAAUAUCUGAUUGUCUUGUAUAUUUAUAUAUUUUCGUGUAUUCUGUCUUAUCAUUCUUAUUAGUUCAUAUAGUUGUGAUUCAAAUAGCCAAUUGUAAGUUACCUUAAAUUAGUGAGAUUUACAAUUGUAUAUACCGUAUAUAGUAUAUAAACAAAAUUAUUAAAGUUUCCAUUAUUACCUCCGCCAGGAGGUUAUGUAAUCAUCUGGGUUUGUAUGUUUACCUCCGCCAGGAGGUUAUGUAAUCAUCUGGGUUUGUAUGUGUGUGUGUGUGUGUGUAUGUGUGUGUGUAUGUGUGUGUGUGUGUAUGUGUGUGUGUGUGUAUGUGUGUGUGUGUGUAUGUGUGUGUGUUUGUCUGUGAGCACGAUAACUCAAGAAAUACCAAACAUAUCCGUACGAAAUUUUGUGAGUGCAUUUCCCAUCGGCCAAGGAAGAACUGAUUAAAAUUUGGUUGAAUUUGGUUAAAAAUUGAACGAGAAAAGAACAAACGUUUGUCUUGCUGUUCCCGGUCAAUUAAAUAAAACUUUAUACUGAAUGCGUAAUUAGGACGUGCAUAAUAUAUGCAUCAGCUAUUCAAAUUAUAAUAACAAUAGAUUACUUCAAUAUUUUGCGCGUAGGCGGAGGUAUGCAGUCUCUGAGUGCCCUCUAGUUAUUAUUAUUAUUAUUAUUAUUACUUUGAAACUUGAUUUGUUCCAAUUCAGAAAUUUAGCCAACCCGCAUUGUUCUGAAAAGGAUAUCUCAAGAAAUACUAGUAGUAAUUAUUUGAAACUUUCACAAAUGCUUGUUCUGAUAUUGCUUUGUGUUCUGAACCAACAAAAAUGACAAAAAUACUAUAAUUUUAGUAAAUGAGUGACAUGUUGCUGUUAGGCUCGGGCAAAAUUCUCCUGAUUUGUUAGAAAAAUUUACUAUAUUUUUACUUGUAAUAAAAUAUAUUAGUAUUUUGGGGGUUCAGAAUAUAGAGCAACUUUUUCUGUACACUCUAAGCCUUUUUUGAGAAAUUUAGACCACUGGUUCUUAAGUUAUCUUUUGCACAAAACAUGGCCGUUUUUCACAGUUGGGGGCCUCUAACCUGGUUACCAUGGCAACAACAUGUGUAUCGAAAACAUAAUUUUAUUUAGUGUCACUUUUCCUUCCAAGGGGUACAAAAAUAUAUAAUUAUAACCUAAUUUUAAACUUUUUUCAAUUUUGAGUGGAAGGUUAUAUAUGUAUAUACAUUAACAAAUUAUUUAGCACAUUUUAGCGCAGAAAAGCAAUUACAUAAGAUGAAAUUGAAGGUGGACUUUAAGGACCACCUUACAGUGAUUAAUCUUAAUUCGAAUGUUAAAAUUUACGGUAUUACAUAAUUAUACAUAAUGCAGCUGUGACACGCAUUUUUUCAUUGAAGAAAAACUAAGAAAGUUCUCAAUUAUUAUUAGAAAGCAUAAAAUGUACAUACUGUAUUUGAUCCAUGGGAAAUGUUUCCCAUUUCAGUUGGGGUAUAUAAUUUGAUCUUCGGCCAAUGUGUCUCUUUAUAUAUGUUCUACUCUCUUUUGCGUAUUGCGAUAUGUAAAGAAUUAAAAUGUUUACAAAAUUAAUGUUAUUUUCUUCUUAUUUUCUUGCUUUAUUAUAAAAAUUAGCCUUAAAUAAUAUUGUACCAACGUUAAAAGGUCAUGAUGAUGUUGGACACAAAAAUUACUAGUCUUCGGAAACAUUACCUUUUACUUACAGUAUUAAGAUAUUUACGAUUAUGUCGCUAAGUUUGAUUGGCUAACGUAAGACAAAUGGAAUGGAAUGUUGUGCUCGAGUGAGCAGCCGCUCGUGGGGAGAAACCUCGGCACAAAGAGUGGUUGCGAGGGAGAUUAAAAAAUUACGGGAACCACUGAGUAUUUUAAUAAAAUAUCUUUUUGAUAAAAAUAAAAAUAAAAUAGGGCUACCUAUACCUUAUCUUGCCAAAAAUAUGCUACCCGACUAACCCGCUCAUUUAUACAGAGAAUAACCCCACUACUAAAAUUAAAAUGCAAUUUCGAUUUCAUCAUUAAUUGGAAAACUACUAACUAUGUUGUUCAUUAUUGCCAAUUUUCCCUAAAACAGCUAAGAUUAAUACGUGUCUUAAAUGAAAUACAUACAAGGAUUAGCUUGUAUUUGAAGCUAACCUUUCUGUUUCUGGAUUUGACAUUAUUAGCACUUGUUGCAAUAACAUUUUUCAAGUUUACUUGUGUGACAGAUUUAAAACAAAAACAUGAAUACCUGUCGUGUAUACAUAUUUUACAUAAUCCCUCUUGAACACUUUUAGACCUUUAAUAUGCUGUUUUGUUUAAAUAUAGGCUCAGAGAAAGAGAAUAAAAUUAAAAUUUCAUGCAGAGAUGACCUGAUAAAAGUCACGUGGCGGAAUCAUGAAGAUAAAGAAUCUGGUAUAGCCUUAAUGGAAUGGUGCAUUGAAACUAUCAAUAAUACAUGUAAUAUACAGACCUGGGAAUCUCUAUCACCGAACAUAUUGACAGUCUCUGCUACAAUACAUUCUCUUUCUACGAUGACAGGUAUCCAAGGGGUUGUUCGCAUUACAAAUGGAGUGGGAAACUAUGUUCUACUCAAGUCUUCAAAAUGCAAUCCCGAACGAAUUUUUCCUCCUCUAAUUAACGUUUCAAUCAUCCAUGAAUUGAAUGAUUUGACGCCAGUUUCGGUUUACCAAACCAACACAGACUUAAUCAUUCUUAACUGGUCAUUACCACAAAAUAAAUCUUUGUAUUCUAGUGUACACGCUGCUUUGGCCAAUUACGACCAAAAUGCAAUCGGAACUAUUCUUGGCCUUGGUGUAAAAUGGCAUGGAGAACAUCUUGUUUUUAAUUUCGUGGAAAUCCCGAACGGAAAGUCGCAUAUAAUAUUUAGUGGUAAUACCUUAAAGCCCUACGUCAAGUAUCGCCCGAUCUUAAGACUCUGCAACAAGCUUGACCUCUGUACCGAUUCCAGUGGAGAUCCGAUAGUAAUAAUUCCAGACGCACCACCUGAUUUACAGAUUAACACGACGGAUACAGUUGAAGGAACAGAGCAAGAUCGUUGGCAAAAAUAUGUUGGCGGAAUCCCAAGAUUACCACGCGAAAUAUUUGAAGAAACCCUAUUUGUACCAGAUCCCUUUAGUUUACUGAUUAAAGCCAGCCUUAAGAAAGUAAACGAAACAACACUUUUUAAUAAGUAUGUCGCUACAACUUACAAAGCAAGCGUAUAUCGGGUUACGUCUGGUGCGAACGAAACUAGAAAUGUAACAAUGGAGAAUCAAACGAUAUUUAAUGACUCUCAUCUUUAUAGCAAUUUGGAUGUUUGUUGCUCCAAAACAAAUAAGCUACCACAAAUUGUGUAUCUAGAUCGACAGUUCAUGCCGGUAGAGGAAACUAACUUAUUUGGUGUCACGGUUAGUGCUUUUGGCAAAGACGUAAUUGUGGCAUCUUCCCAAAAUGCAGUUUAUAUGUUUUUGAUAGAAUCACUACAUAUCACGCGCAUUGCACACAUCUCUUUCAAUACGAGCAACAGAGACAGUUACGUCAAAGUUAAAGCAAAAAAUGGUACAAUUUUGGUCUUUGUUGCGGGGUCAUUGGUAUUAAGGAAGCAUAACAAAGACAACCUCACUUCGCAAAGCUCAUUAAUUUAUAUAACAAACUGUAAUUAUACAAUGACAGGUACACCUGAAAAUUGCUCGGGAGAUAACCAAUGGUCUCCAUUAAAAAGCGUUGGAGCCGAAUUUGCAUACGAUGGAGCAGAUGUCAUUGCUGUGAGCGGUAAGGAUCCUUUUGGAUGCUACCAUGUUGUUGCUGCUUUUAAGAAUGAUAGUAACUCGUGGAAAUUACAUCAAGUACUUGGACAUGAAGAAAAGGACUUCACCACUCCCAACAGUAUCUCAAUAAAUCAACAAUUCAUGGUAAUAGCAGGUUCUCAAAUUCGUAUAUAUUCAAAGAGAUUGGAUUCUUCCUGGAAAGCAGAAAUAGCUAUUUCAGAAAGCUUGCCUCAACAUUUUUUUGGUGCAAAAACCGUGUAUUUGACGAAUGAAAACGAACUAUUCGUUCUCAUAAAGGAAGCGAGGACGUUGAAUGUUUUUCAGCUUGUGACCACGACAACAAAGGCAAUACCGAGGUGCAAAUACGUAUUUUCUGAAAACGUUGAGCUUAGCGGCAGCUUAGAUGUCUCAGAAAGCAGUGCGAUUGUUGCUGCAAUUGGAAUGAGAUCAGGUGGACGAGAUGGAGCGGAACUGAUACUUUACGAACACAACGAAGGUUGCAUAAGGAUAGGUGCAGUGCUUUCUAAAUCAAUGUCGCGCUUUGAUGACGGUCAUUUUGGAACAUCCGUGGCCAUUACCGGAAAUCAUAUCAUCAUUGGUACUCCCGGAAAAGUUACUUGGCCAACCAAUUACGUGAAUGUAGGAUCUGGACGAUUAUAUGUAACGACGUUUUGUAAACGGAAUCACGUGCGCAAGAAAGUUUUCGGUGCUGACCAAAAAGAACGUGUCGUGUGCACUCCGUGUGGACGAAACGAACAGGCAUAUCCUGGAUUUGAAGAACAGUGUACUAAUUGCAGCAACAGUAUUUGUUUGAAUCGCUCGACGGAUGCAAUAUUUAAGGUUUCACAUUGUGAGACUUACCCUUGCACCGUACAGAAUAAUCGAACCAUUAAGCAAAAUGUGUCUAGAGAUAACCUAACCGUUACUGAAUCGACACAAAACUUCGAAGAAGAAGAGUUCUAUCAACCAGGGUCCAGACAGAGUUAUUUUAUCAGACUGACACAGUUCUCAGCGACGGGAACGACAAAAAUCUCCGAUAGCUUUCCGUUUUCUAUUGAUUACACCUCUCCCGAGGCUGGUUCGGUUUUCGAUGGGUUAGGCAGCGAUGAUUCCCGAAAUUGUUCGACAAAUACGACGUUCAGUUCCGAACACCAAUGCACAAGCCGGAGUUUCUCUGAAACGGACUUAGAUUACACCAAUAAUACUUACGAAAUUAGUGCUCGAUGGGUCGACUUUCGUGAUAACGAGAGCAACGUUGCACAUUAUUUCUGGUGUGUAGGUUCAAGACCACUUCAUGAUGAUAUUAUGGAGUGUGAAAAUGCAACAAGUCGUCUCAAUAAGACUAUCAAAGGCUUAUCUUUGCAACAUAAUGACCAGUAUUACGUAACUGUAUUAGUAUGUAACUACGCUGGAUUAUGUACGGCCAAAUCAAGCGAUGGAGUUUUGGUUGAUAGUACUCCCCCAAUAAUGCAUUACGUGAGAGAUGGAUUGGUCGGACCAGAUAUCAACUUUCAGGUGAAUUUAACUUAUUCUGAUUGUUAAUUAUGUGUGAUAGGAAAUACAAUUGCCAGCGCAAUUGAGAUAAAACAUUCACAAGUCAGUUUUUGAAACAGCAUCAAAACAGUACGAGUCAGAAGGACGAGUGCUACUUGAGGACUUUAAAAACUCACAAAUGUUUGAUUUAUUCCAAUUUUCACGACAAACAAUCCUUUUACGUAUUAAUCCAGAGCCAUUGGCCCGGUGCGCCGUUCCGGGCGUAAGCCCGGGGCAAAGGCACUAAUUCCGCACGGCUAUUUACACACUGGGAAGGUAAAUACUGUAGCGAAACGUUUAAUAGAAGGAAGCAAAGUGGCCGACGUUAAUGAAGGUAAGUUUGUUUUUAAUAUUGAUGUAUUGUUUGCUUUAAAUUGCUUUAAAAACUGAUACGAGCAAAUAAUUUCAGUGUAUUUUUAUAAAUUACCCUAUUUUAUCAUAUUAAAAUCUUUAAAUACAGAGGAAUACAAAGUUAUUUUCAUGCGAGAAUUUGAAAUCAGUUUAUUUCUAACUCAAUGCUUACCGAUAAAAGACUUAGUUUAGUCUUAAAAAUAUUUCAAAACGUUUUGCGAAGCGUUUGUGGUUGAAUUUUACAUUAAAUUGAAGAUUAUAUUACGUAUAAUAACAUACCCAACAUACAUAUACGUUUGGCAAAUUGAUCAUUGUGUAGUUAAAAGUGAUAUUUUGGGGGGAUUUUUCAAUUUUAAUACUGUUUUUAGUAUCGAUAGGGAAAGAUUUUCAACUUUUUUUAUUGUUUUUGAGUUUCAAAUUGUCUUCUCUUCUCGGUAUGUUUUGGCGCGACACGUGAGAGGUCCGUUACGUGAGUGCGAAGGCUCCAUUUACGUGAUGAACCUGGGAUUACGGACCGGAAAAAAAUAGCCGGUAUCACUUGAAAGAGCGUUUGAUUUAAGAACAUGUCCGGCGUAGGACAUUACUUAGGGAGUUUGUAACAAAAUACUUAUUUGGAUUUAGGUUUUUACGAAUGUUAUGUUCGGUAACUGGAAAGCAGAAGACUCCGAAAGUGGCGUGGUGUCAUAUGAGAUAUGCUGGGGGUCAGAACCUGGCUUGGAUGACGUCUGGGAAUUCCAAGAAAUAGGAAAUGCUUCAAGGUGGUACGCGAAAUUUGAUAACGGUGGUCUGGAAAAAGAGCGCACGUUUUAUGUCACAGUCAAAGCGAUAAACGGAGCGGGUCUUGAAUCUGAGCCAAUGACAUCUGACGGGAUUACAGUUGGCAAAACAGAAUUUGUGUUCUCGAAAAAUGAUUCAGGCUCAUUCUUCUUCGACACUGUGAAUGUUGACUUGAACGAAACCAGGGAAGACACAGAUUUCGGUAAUACAUUUGGAACUGUAGAUGUCCCAGCUGGAGCUGUUGAUGAUGAUGUUAAAUUUCAGAUGUAUAGUCUUGGAGAAAAGGAAUUCGAGAAUGACACGGGCGUCAACACAACUAUUGUCAACCCGGAAGUCUUUAAACCACCCAAGGUAAAAAUACAUUUUAAAACUAGAGGGCAUGCAUUAGGAUACUACAGAAGUUAGCAUAAAUUGCAUAAAUUAUAUAAUGGGUUGGAUUACGUAUUUACUUAGCCUACGGUGUAGACCCCAGCAGAAACAUGUUUCGUGAGGGGUCUACGAAUGAACGAAGAAAAGCUUACCCGACCGUCAUAUCCGUUUUACGUUUUGGGUAAAUUAACUUCAAUUUAUUCAAAUUUCUGAAGCGUGCGUAAAUGUAAAUUUUUAUUUAGCGCUUAUUAAAAUGUUCCAUGGCGGGCUUUGUGCAAUAAAAUAUGUACCCUAAUACCCUGACUAUACCCAGCCAUUAAACACAUGUCCGAACGGACUAAAAAGUUCUUGUCAUUCGCACAAAUUGUUAGGCUGUUGAAGGCUUGAAGCUUGUCAAGACAUCCAAUUUUUGAAGUCGAAAACAAAGUCGAUUUCACACUAAAUGUAGCCGGCAUUUUAGCUUUAUCGCAAGUCGGCUCGAAUCCAAGUUUUCUCACAACAUUUCGUUAAUAAAGGAAUACCGAAUGGUUUUCCGUGCAGGAUUGCGUGAUCCUUGGACGCGGGAUGUUGCGAGACUUUCGGAAAGCGUAAAAAUACACGAGCCGUAGGCGAGUGUAUUUUUACGCUUUUCGACAGUCGAAAACAACAAUCGUGAUUUAACUAAUCGGAGAAUCGCUACUCCACGCUAUUGAAAACAACAACAAAUGGGAACAGAAUUUGAUCGCAAUUACUCCAAAAUAUACGUCGAAAAUGCAGAGACUUUUUCGAUAAAAUAUACAAAAUUUGAAAUGGAAACCCCGCUAAACAGAGAGCCAGAGUAGUUUUGAAGAUUCUCGACCUGAAUACUUGAAGAUUGCGAAGCGUUUGAGCUUUGAAGCGAGAGAUGUUGUACUUGCCAUGUCUGAUGAAUUUCAACGCUACGCGUUGCUACUUGCUGAAUAGCAAUGUAUCGAUCAGAAAUUUAUUCAUACAACUAAAGCAACGUCUCAAUAAUUGCAAACUUACUUCACAGUCAAAAGGUAUCGUACAAUAAAACUUUACAAUGCUAGUAUAUUUGUAAAAUUACUCUAUGUGCAAGAAUUUCUGUUCAGAAUUUCCUGUGCAGGAUUGUCUGAUCCUGCACGACUGUUGACCAAUCAAAUUGCGUGUUUCACUGUAGUUAUUAUAUAAUGCUGUUUCGUGCACGUUCGUUAUCGUAUUGUCUAUGCUCUAGCUCAC